UGCUAAAUUCACCAAACCGAAGUACCCCCGUCUCUUCCCUCCGCAAAUCCUCAACUACCGCCACCAAAGAUUAAAAACGUAGCCCUCAUGGCAACCGAAGAAUGCUCACUAAUUUCCCUCUAACCCAAACCCUAAAUUCCCUCAGAAUUCAAUCUCCACCUCCCAAAACCCUAACCCUAGCUCCAUCAACCAUGUCUCUCAAUCUCCAAUCCCACGCUUUCGCCGGCAACUCCCUUCGCUCCAAAUCCCCCUCCUCCUCCCUCGAAACCCUAAAAACCCUCCUUUUAACGGCAACCCAAGAGGACUCAGUCUCCAAUUUCAAGGUCCUCCCCUUUCGAAAGGGCCGCCCUUUGGCUCGGUCGUCGGAUUCGGACUCCGAUUCGCCCCCCAAUUGGCAUCUGGGUUGGGUGUCGCUGGAGAAAUUCAAGGGAUUUGAAGCUGAUUGUUUUGUGUAUUUGGGGGAGGAUUUGGAGGAGACUGUGUAUUGGGCCGUGGAUGUUGGUGGUGAUGAGAGUGGGGUCGAGCUGGGGAGGGGAGGAGAUGGGUUCUGUUUCGUGGAGCUGAGGACUUUGAUGGUGGCUACUGAUUGGGGCGAUGCCCGUGCGAUGUGGGAAUUGGCGAUUGCUGGCCAUGGACGUGCACUAACAGAGUGGCAUAUCGUAUCACGUUUUUGUGGACAUUGUGGAUCCCGAACAGCUCCCAUUGACGGAGGAAGGCGGAAGCAAUGUACAAAUGAAUCCUGCAAGAAGAGAAUAUAUCCUCGAGUUGAUUCUGUUGUAAUAAUGCUAGUUAUCGACAAAGAAAACGACCGCUGUCUAUUGAGUCGCCAAUCAAGAUUUGUACCGCGUAUGUGGAGUUGCCUUUCUGGUUUCAUAGAGCCAGGGGAAAGCUUAGAAGAGGCUGUAAGAAGAGAAACCUGGGAAGAAGCUGGUGUUGAAGUGGGUGAAGUUGUUUAUCAUAGUUCUCAACCAUGGCCUGUUGGUCCGAGUAGUAUGCCAUGCCAAUUGAUGGUAGGAUUUUUUGCAUAUGCAAAGUCACUUGAAAUUAAUGUGGACAAGGAGGAGUUAGAAGAUGCUCGGUGGCACAGUAGAGAGGAUGUUAAAAAGGCGUUGACAUUUGCAGAAUAUGAGAAAGCUCAGAGGACAUCUGCCUUCAAGGUGAACCAAAUGUGCAAGGGUGUCGAAAAAGGUCAAAAUUUCUCGUCAGACUUCAACGUGGAGAGUGGUGAGCUGGCCCCAAUGUUUGUCCCUGGCCCCUUCGCCAUUGCCCAUCAUCUUAUCUCGUCGUGGGUUCACCAGAGUUCAGUCAAUAACUCAGAACCAUCAGCAAAGCAAUUGAACAAUGUGUCCAAUUUAUGACAAACCCUUGGAACACUGUUGAAAAGGAAGUCAUUUUUCUUAAUGGAUGCUGUUCAUGUAAAGUCCAAUGAAGCUGCUUAAUGCAGAUACUGUUGAUACAUUGUAUGUUGCACAACUGUGUCAUAUAUCUCUGUUUUGAAGAGAAAUGUCAUCUUGCACCAAAAUGGCAGGGCUUUUAUGCAUUUA